AUGCCUUCUUUAUUAUAUUGUGUUUAUUAUAUUUUUUUUAAUACUUUGUUUCUCUCUGUAGCCUACAGCUGUGGCGUGCCCGCUAUACCGCCCAACGUUGGCAGGGUAGUUAACGGCGAGGAUGCAAGACCACACAGCUGGCCAUGGCAGAUCUCCCUGCAGUACCAGGGAUCCAGCGGCGCCUGGGGACACACCUGUGGAGGCACCCUGAUCUCUGACACCUGGGUCCUGACCGCCGCCCAUUGUAUCAGCUCUGCGAAUACGUACAGGGUUUAUCUGGGCAAAGAAAACCUGCAGAUUCCAGAUGAAGAAGGUUCUAUUGCCAUUUCCCCUGAGAAGAUCAUUGUCCACGAAAGAUGGAACUCUUUAUUCAUCCUCAACGACAUCGCCCUGAUCAAGCUGUCCCAACCCGCACCACUCGGCGUCACCAUUCAGCCCGCCUGCCUGCCCCCUGCUGGCGUCCUCCUGGAAAAUAAUUCAGACAGUUUUGUGACUGGAUGGGGUCGUCUGUACAGUAAGCCAUGA